AUGUCUGUGAUAAGACUCGAGGCUCUGGCGCAGCUAGUCAGCACGCACGGCAAGGAGUUGGUGGAAGAAGAACGUCACGAGACACGCUCAAGGGCCGGCUCUGGAGGUUGCGUGGGCGAGGGCGGCGGGUCGCUCGACGGCGGGGAGCAGACGGUCGUGGCGAAGAUGCUGCUACGCUCGGCCCAGAUGGCUGCCGCUGAGGCCAAGACGGGCAGGAGGGCUGCGGCGGGAUACCAGCUGGGCAAGGAAGCGAAGCAGGAAGUACGCGAGGCGGUCGCGGAGCUGGCGGAGGCGUGUCUGACCCAUCUGCCCAACCUCUUGGCCAAGUACCAGUCGGAUGACGCCAAGCUCGCCUUGCUCGCGGAGCUGCCGACGUGCAUCCCGUCCGAAGCCCUGGCGUCUCUGGUGUCCGGGUCCGGGAAGGGAGCUUUCUCGGAUUUGGUCUCCCGCAUGAAGGACGCCUUCCUCAUGUCCAACUCCCCACUGGUCAUGGACGCCGCUGCCUCGAGUCUGGGUUGGUUUCUGAACGCUGAUCACGCCAAGAGAGCCGAGGUUAAGGCUGUGGUGCAGGGGAUGGUAGAAGAGCUCUUCGCAAAGGUCAGCGCCCUCUGCCAACAAGACCAGAAGGCCACCCCGGCCAAAGGAAAAGCGAAGGGGGCCGGGGGCAAAGGAAGGUGGAAGGACACCGGCAUCGGGCUGGCGAACUCUUUCCGACGGCUCCGCUGCCUGGCGGGCUGCACGGACGCGAGCGGCUGCGUCGACGGCACCACCCUGUCCGAAGCGUGGGAGGGGGUUCAAGGGGCCGUCCGGCGCCGCUGCCUUCUCGACGAGGUGCUACCGGCAAAGACGCUACCCUCGCAGCACCAGGAACGGCUGGAUGUGGCGAGAGGGGUGGUGGAGGAAGGGAGCAACGUCCUGUACUCGCUCUUCUUGUGGCAGAUCAAGCCUCUCUUCUCGCACCUCAUGGAGGCUGGCUCUUCAGCCCCUGCUCCUGCUUCGGAAGCUGCGGCUGCCGCCGACGGAGGCAGUUUGGACGACGGGGAUGCCAAGGAACCGACCCCUGCCAAGGGGAAGAAGAGAGGCAGGGGAAAAGGGAAGAAGGCCCGGGAGGACGAGGAGAAUACCCUUGGUGACCGGACUUUGGAGGUGGAGGAGAUCACGGAGGAAAAAGUCCAAGAGGUCGUCAGAUACCGGGACGAUCUUGUGGAAGUCCUGCGGGCCAUGCUCGCGAUGCACCUGUACCCCAGGAGGAACGACGAAGAGGAGGAGGACGAAGGCCAAGACCAGGGAGGGAGAGGGGCCGCGCGCGGGGGGGGCGCCGUGACUGAGGACGGCAUCGAGGGGGUACCCAGGGUGCUGACGGCGGACCAGGAACACUUUGAAGAGAUGGAGGAGGUGAUGGUGGCGUCCACCCUGCGGGGCCCCCGCCAGCAGACGCGCUCCUCGAAGACCAAUAACGGGAGAGUCAAGGUCGAACACAACGAUGAUGAUGACGAUGAUGAUGGUGAUGGUGGUGGAGACUCGAGCGACAACGACAACGACAACGGGGAGGGUGAUGAAGUCGGCGUCGACACUUCCUCUGGAGGCGGAGACACGGUGAAGGAUGCGGGCCUUCUGCUCAUGCCGCUCAUGAAGAGCAUCUACAGCAACGCCGACAAGCUGAACAGGAGGCAGGCGGCGGCGGUGGUGGCCCACCUAGUGCGCUCCGGCAAGACCGGGAGCGGGUUCGCCAAGUGCUUCGUCUCCAAGCUCAAGGAUCACAGCCCCGUAAAGUGCCUCGAGGUGCACAUGGCGACGCUCAGGGUGUUUUACGACAAGUGGGUGGUGGCGGCAGCGGCGGACGGCAACGUCGAGGAGGAUGACGCGGACCUCAGCGACGACGAGAAAACGCGCAAGCAGUGGGACCAAGACCUGGCAGGGAUGGAACGCUGGCUCCCCCUGGCUCGACGCCUUUCCAUGUCGCUAGGAGUCGGCCCGUUGAAGAGCAAGGACCUCGCCGAACAGAAGACUCUGCAAGACCUCUUCCUCGGAUUCAUGAAGGUCGGGGUGCGUUUCGCCCUGGAUGCCGAGGGAGACAGGCUGCUGUUCCUGGAGGGCAUGCGGGAGUACUCGAGCAAGGUCACUGCCCGACAGAAGAAAGCCCUCGCCAAGGCCUUCGACGAUGAGGCGAAGGGGCUGCACGACCAAGUUCUGGAGGAGGGGAGGGAGAACGCGACCUCCUGGGACUCGGGCGAAGGCCAGGAGGACGUCGCGCCGCGGUGGCGUGCUUUCUUCUCCUUCCGUAGCACCCUGACGGCGGGAUCGGCAGCCUCGUUCAUCCCCGAAGGUCGCGGCUACGCCUCAUCCGGGGAUGCUUCGUCCGUGUCCCCGUCUCACUCUGCCUCGGGGAGCUCCAUGGGAACUCCUGCUUCGAGGGGAACGAAGAGGAGGGCCGUUGGUAGCGGCGUGUCCUCUACCUCCUCGGCCGGUGGCGGCGGAUCAGUCAAGCGGCGAGGGAGGGUGGGCGGUAGGGUGAGCAUGGCCAGCGUGCGGAGCAGGAGGAGCGUGGCCAGCGACCUCAUGCCGGUUGCAGAGGAGGACGGGAUGCAGCAGGACGAACAGCUGGAAGACAACCCCGAGGGAGAGGAAGAGGAAGAAGACCGUGAAGACGAUGCGAUGGACAUGGGCCAAGAUGGGGAGGAAGGGGUGCAGGAGAAGGAGGGAAAAGAGGGCCACGGAAACGAUGCGGGGGAGGAGGAGGAGGAGGAGGAAGAAGAAGAAGAGUCGCCGAACCUUUCUCGAGAGGUGAGAACCCCGAACAAGCUCAGGGAUAGCGCGGCCGAGCGGCUGCGGGCGAGCCAGCUGGAGGAGGAGGAGGAGGAGGAGGAAGACGACUUGCUUAACGAGGACAGGGCUCUCAACCCGUCGGUGGCGGCACCUCGAGCUGCUGCUGCUGCCGCCGCGACCAAGACAAGCUCCAACAAGCGCAAGAGGCGCGGGGCGGCCUAG